CUUGACCAUUACCUAACUGAUCAAGCAGCUCAAUUUUCUAAAGGAGAACUACUAUACAAGUUUGUGCUUUCUGUUAUAACAAUUUGAAAGUGAAAUAAAUUCCACCUAUGUUCAUGAAAAUAGAAUUUGGUGAACAAACAGAUCCAGGACUAUGUGAAAUCUCUACACUUUUAUCAAAUUAUUUAUCAUUGUCCUCAUUACCCUAUGGUGGUCACGAUGCCCUAAGAAUCAAACAUAGACACAACUUUAUAGGAACUUCCUGGGGAAAUAUAUAAAUAAAAAUAAAAAUGGAAAGGAUCGCAUCAGCUGUGGAUGUCUACAAUAUUCCAUUAAAGAACAUGACUGAAGCCACCAUGUUUAUUCUCUUGGGAUUCACAGAUGACUUUGAACUCCAAGUCUUCCUAUUUUUACUGUUUCUUGGUAUUUAUCUCUUCACUCUGGUAGGAAACUUUGGACUGGUUGUUUUGGUCAUUGGGGAUUGUCGGCUACACAACCCCAUGUACUAUUUCCUAAGUGUUUUGUCUUUCCUGGAUGCUUGCUAUUCUACAGUUGUUACACCCAAAAUGUUGGUCAACUUUCUAAGUGAAAAUAAGUCCAUUUCAUUCCUUGCAUGUGCAACCCAAAUGCUUCUCUUUGUUACGUUAGGAACCACAGAAUGCUUUCUGCUGGCAGCAAUGGCAUAUGACCGCUAUGUAGCCAUCUACAAUCCACUUCUGUAUACAGUGACCAUGUCACCCAGAGUAUACCUGCCACUCAUCAUUGCUUCCUAUGCUGGUGGAGUUGUGCACGGUGCUAUCCACACAGUGGCCACUUUCAGGCUGUCCUUCUGUGGAUCCAAUGAAAUUAAGCAUGUCUUCUGUGACAUUCCUGCAUUGCUUGCUCUUUCUUGUUCUGAUACCCACACAAAUGAGCUUCUACUCUUGUACUUGGUGGGCUUGAUUGAGAUUGUCACCAUCCUGAUUGUUCUGGUCUCCUAUGGAUUCAUCCUCUUUGCCAUUCUGAACAUGCAUUCUGCUGAGGGUAGAAGGAAAGUGUUCUCUACAUGUGGCUCUCACCUCACUGGAGUCUCUAUUUACCAUGGUACAAUCCUUUUCACUUAUAUGAGGCCUAGUUCCAGCUAUGCUUCAAAUCAUGACAUGGUAGUGUCAAUAUUUUACACCAUUGUGAUACCUAUGUUGAAUCCUAUCAUCUACAGUUUGAGGAACAAAGAUGUAAAAGUAGCAUUUAUGAAAUUGUGGAGAAAAUGUGAUUCAUAAUUAAUGUACAGUUAUAUAAUAAAACAAAAUUACUUUGUCAAUUCCAAUUUACAUGAAAUAUACAUUGCUACAAAUUACAAAUAUGCGCU